UGAUAAUGCUUAUUGUUCUGCAUUAUGAAGACCUCAAUAGCAUAAGUGUUGAAGAGCUUCUACCAUUCUUUCUUCCUCUUUACUACUCAAACAAUGGCGGCUUCAGAAACCCUAAAGAUCGGAAUAAUAGGUUUCGGACCUUUCGGCCAGUUCCUUGCCCGCACAAUGAUCAAGCAAGGGCACACCCUCGUCGCCACAUCGCGCUCCGAUCAUUCCCUCCUCUGCUUCCAGCUCGGCAUCCCAUUCUUCAAGGAAUUCAGUAAAUUCUUUGCAUCUGGAAGCGAUGUGAUUCUGCUCUGCACUUCCAUUGUUUCCACCAGCGACGUACUGUCUACGAUUCCAAUGCGCGACUUACAGAAGGCGAGACUCUUCGUCGACGUGUUGUCGGUGAAGGAGCAUCCGAGAGAUCUGCUUCUGCAGGUUUUGCCGGAGGAGGUUGAUCUGCUCUGCACGCAUCCGAUGUUCGGACCCGAGAGCGGGCGAGAUGGAUGGGAAGGCUUGCCUUUGGUUUAUGAUCGAGUCAGAGUUCGAAACCAUGGUCUCUGUGACAAGUUCUUGGAUGUUUUCCAUCAAGAGGGCUGCAGAAUGUUGGAGAUGUCUUGUGAAGAGCAUGAUAGGAUGACUGCUAAAACCCAGUUCCUUGCCCACACCAUUGGCAGGAUUUUGGAUCAAAUGAAGAUCGAGUCGACGUCAAUCGACACGAAGGGAUUUCAAAAACUUCUCCAAGUGAAGGAUAGCUCCAUUAAAGACAGCUUGGAUCUGUACAUUGGGCUGUAUCAGCACAAUAAAUUCGCAAGAAAAGAGAUGGAGAAGCUGGAGCUUGCUUUUCAGGCGGUGAAGGGGAUGCUCAUGGAAAGCAUAAUAAACCAAGGUUCUUCUUGAUAAAUUGGGUAACUGGUGAUUAAAAAUAGGGAAAUUUACGUACAUACCAUGCUAUUUCUAUGCAUUUAGAUAUCUACCACUCAAAAUAUGAUAUUUAUAUUUGUAACAUUU